AUGGAGCUGAGUGGAACGCAAGACACUGGUCCGCGUAUUGACGAGCAUUUUGACCGCAUCCGUGCCAACCUGAUUCGCUGCGAGGAGUGCAAUGAGAACUUUUUCUUUGACUUUUUGCGGCACCCCCGCUACUUUGUAACGCAUUUUAAAACGUGCCAUUUGAAAAAUGUGCUGUACCGCUUUAAUGGCCAUACGGAAGAGGAAAACCAGCGCGUGCGGUUCGGGCCUCGACGCAAAAAAGAUGCCACUGCGUGGUUUGGCCAGCUCAAGUCCACCGAAAAGAGAAUGAUUUCCAUGCAAGACAACAAAUGGGGCGAAAUUGCUGAACGAGAGUGCUGGUCGUGUCGACUAUGCAAACUUGUUCGGAAAACGAGUGAGGUGCCCCAUGCCUUUGAACCGAAUGAAUUAGGCCGACGGCAAGCCUUGCUUCAUCUUCGGCAAUUUCACGAAGUUGCGUACAACGAUUUUCUCAGGAUGCUGCCGGCCGUGGGGAGGUCUUUAUCUUGCCAAACGCAAUUAAGCUUAUCGAGUCACGGGCCAGUAUUGGUGGCUGAACAUGGAACAAAUACCACUGGAGUAACAGGAGGAAGUUUGGUAUCUCGACAACCAGCGGCCGUUUCUGGGUGGACGUGGCUAAGUAGCGGGAAUGGGACGCCGCCUUCAUCAACAGCUCCGAGGCAUUCUGCUGAAGCUGACCGCAGCCGAAUUCGUCGAAUGAAAGCGACACCUGAAGUUAAAAAAGCUGAGGCAGAGCGUAGUAAACGUCGACGAGAGCGAUUGACGCCUGCUCAACGGCAAGCAGAUGCGGAAAGACGAGUGAGAAAACGACAGCGAAUAGAGGAACGCGCACGAAGUCGAGUGCGUCGAGCUGAAGCAUCCCAAGAUGCUCGAGAACGGGAGGUGAAGCGCUCCCGUGAACGUCGUCAGAAUGCGACCGAGCAACAGCGCAACCGAGAGGCGCAAAGGAGCCGCAUGCGACGUCAAAAUGCGACUGAAGAGCAGCGUCUUCGUGAGCGGGAGCGCUGUCGCCGCCGAUACGAGAUCCAGAAACAGCAGAAGCUGCUUGCUCAAGAGUCCGGUACGACGGUUGGUGUAGCGACACAGACGAGCACACCUGCCGCUUCGGUCUCAGCUCAAAUUAUUCCAACUGGUAGAAGUGACCAGCACACGCGAUUAUCAGUGAGCCAAGUUCAGCCCAAAGACAUCGAGCAUCAGAACCGACUUUUGUUGCAGCAACAGGCAGGACUUGGCCAGCAAAUUCGAUCGCUCUACGCCUCAUUAUCGCGUGCCUCUUCAUCUCACAUUGAUCUAUGA